AUGGAGGCCGUCCCUCCGGUCAGAUCCAGCCUCUUGGAAAUUCUGCUGCUGGUAGUGAAGCUUUCAGUGCUGCUGGUCCAGAACCGAGUCCACCUCUACAAUUUCCUGCUGCUCAAGAUUCUCCUCUUCAACCACUGGCUGUCGGGGCUGGCCCAGGAGGCUUGGGGGUCCUGCAGCGGCCAGGUCCAUCCCCCCGCUGGGCUUGCAGCCAGCCCCUUGGGCCGGGUGCUACGGGCGGGGCUGAUGCUGAUGGAAGUCCCCAUGUGGCUGGGGCUGCGGGCGCCCCGGCUGGUGGGGGCGGCCGUGCUGUGCUGUGCCCGUGCCUUGGGCCUGGUCCCAAAGUGGCUAGGCCUGUCUGCGGCCACCUGCAUGGACCUGCUUCUGUCCUGUCUGCAUGGCCUGAUGCUGGCGGUCCUACUGCUGUCACUGCUGACCUGGAGGCUGUGCCAGAAUGCCCAUCGCUGUGGCCUGGGCUGGCUGCUCAGCAAGGCUUUGCUGGGCAACCGUGUGGUGCCAGAGCUCCUGACACUGCUGAAACGUCUGUACUGGUGGGUGGAGAACGCAACAGCGUUCACCUCCUGGCACCUAGCCUAUCUCAUCACCUGGACCACUUGCCUUGUCUCCCACCUGCUGCAAGCUGCCUUUGAGCACACGGCCCAGCUGGCCCAGGCCCAAGAGUCUGAACCCCCGAAAGGCUCAGGACCCUUGUCUGAGUCCCUGCUGCCUGAACCUCUGGGCCCUGAGGCUGGGCCAGCCCUGCCAGAGCAUGGGACCCCUGGAGAAUAA